AUGGAACAAGCGCCACAAGCUCUCAACCGUUUCCGCGAUCAUUGGAAAACCAGCACGGCCGACGAUAAUGUAACACUCUACGGCUUUCGUCGUUUCAAGACCACUCACCUGCUCAACCUCCGUUUCCUAGAAAAUGAGAUAGCCGAGCUGGACCACAUCAUCUACCAAGCCGGUCUCAGCUUGGAAUUCAGCCCCACAGGAUGUGACCGACUUGGACUGAAGCAUUCCAGAAGAGACCAAGAUCUUCUUAACCCGCUUGCAGCAAUUGAUAAUGAGCUCGUCAAGAAGCUGCGCGGCCUGCUGCAGCAGUACGAUGAAGCACUACAAGCCUUCAAUAGUAUCAUGAGCAUGGAGACAUCCUUUCUAAUUGAUACUGGACAACAGGCCCGUCAGCGGACGGACUUAAACCCCUACGAAAUCUACAAAACCAGACUUUUGAGGAUAGAUCUCGGGCAACGUCUACGACAAGACCCAAUUCACCGCUUUGUGCGACGCUGCCUCUACAGCUUCCGGUUUCGUCAUCUGUCGAGAGAAUGGGAUGCCGAUAAUGGGUCUGUUGAGGCACAGGGCCCCGCUGAGAAGAAGGUGUAUCAGAAUACGGUACUCAUCGCUGAGAUACUUGCCCGUUUUCUCAUGGCGGCCUUGAUUGGGGUUUUCGUCGUAGUACCACUAACAACGUUGUCUUAUCAACCCAUGUCUACCUUGCUAAAGGUGACAAGCUUAGAGAUGAUGAUGGUGUCAACUGCUUAUGGGGCCAUCUUAACAGUUUUCAUAUCCAAUGUAUCAUAG